AUGAGCAGAGACGUCAGAGGCAGGGGAUGCACCCGGGGAAGAGGCUUUCAGGGGUGGCGAGGCGGAUGGCGAGGCAGAGGGCAGACAGGAGGGUGGAGAAGAAUUCCCGAACCUGUAAGAUCUCGACUAGUUCAAUCAACGUUGGACCAAUUUAUUCCCUAUAAGGGCUGGAAACUUUAUUUCUCUGAAGCUUAUGCUGACAAGUCUCCUUUUGUCCAGAAGACUCAAGCCUUUGAAAAGUUUUUCAUGCAACGCAUUGAGCUUUAUGAUAAGGAUGAAAUAGAAAGAAAAGGAAGUAUUCUUGUGGAUUAUAAGGAACUGAUACAAGACAGAGAAUUAACUAAAUCAAUACCAAAUAUAUCUACUGAGUUAAGGGAUAUGCCUCAGAAAAUACUGCACUGCAUGGGUCUGGCAAUUCAUCAGGUGCUAACAAAGGACCUUGAAAGGCAUGCUGCAGAGCUGCAGGUACAGGAAGGAUUACCCCUCAAUGGAGAACCUAUAAUAAAUGUGCCUCUCAUUCAUGCUAGGGUGUACAACUAUGAUCCUCUAACUCAGCUGAAAAACGUUCGGGCCAACUGCUAUGGAAAAUACAUUGCCUUGCGUGGUACUGUUGUGCGUGUCAGUAACAUUAAGCCUCUCUGCACUAAGCUAGCUUUUGUAUGUGGCGCGUGUGGAGAUGUUCAGAGUGUUCCUCUAACUGACGGGAAGUAUACUCUUCCAACUAAGUGCCUUGUUCCUGAGUGCCGUGGCCGGUCCUUCACAGCUGACAGAAGCUCUCCUUUAACCACUACAGUGGACUGGCAGUCUGUUAAGGUGCAGGAACUCAUGUCAGAUGAUCAGCGAGAAGCAGGCCGAAUCCCUCGCACGAUUGAAUGUGAACUGGUUCAAGAUCUUGUGGACAGCUGUGUCCCAGGAGAUAUGGUCACAAUUACAGGGAUAGUAAAGGUGUCGAGCACGGAGGAAGGAGCUUCUAAAAAUAAGAAUGACAAGUGUAUGUUCUUGUUGUACAUUGAGGCAAAUUCUGUCAGCAACAGUAAAGGACAAAAACCAAAGAAUUUUGAUGAUGAGACUCUUCAAAGAUCGUUCAUGGAGUUUUCACUUAAAGACCUCUAUGCUGUUCAAGAAAUUCAAGCUGAGGAAAAUCUGUUCAGGCUCAUUGUGAACUCUCUUUGUCCUGCAAUCUAUGGCCAUGAGAUUGUAAAGGCAGGUUUGGCCCUGGCGUUAUUUGGAGGAUGUCAGAAGUUUGUAGAUGACAAGAACAGAAUCCCGGUGCGAGGAGAUCCACAUGUUCUGGUCGUUGGAGAUCCAGGAUUAGGAAAAAGUCAAAUGUUGCAAGCAGUGUGUAAUGUUGCUCCUCGAGGUGUGUAUGUUUGUGGUAAUACUUCCACCAGCUCUGGCCUGACUGUUACACUGUCUAGAGAUGGCACUUCUGGAGAUUUUGCCUUGGAAGCUGGUGCUUUAGUGCUUGGAGAUCAAGGUAUUUGUGGGAUAGAUGAAUUUGAUAAGAUGGGAAACCAGCAUCAGGCUUUGUUGGAAGCCAUGGAACAGCAAAGUAUCAGCCUUGCCAAGGCUGGCAUUGUUUGCAGUUUGCCAGCUCGGACGUCUAUUGUUGCUGCAGCAAACCCAGUUGGAGGACAUUAUAACAAAGCCAAAACAGUGUCUGAGAACUUAAAAAUGGGGAGUGCUUUACUGUCAAGAUUUGAUUUAGUUUUCAUUUUGCUGGACACCCCAAAUGAAGAUCACGAUCACUUGCUGUCUGAGCACGUGAUGGCAAUCCGAGCUGGAAAGCAGGCAGCAUGCAGCAGUGCUGUUGUGACUCGUACCAACACGCAGGAGCGCUCUCUUCUUGAAGUCAUUUCAGAUCGACCAUUGCUUGAAAGACUAAAGAUCUUACCAGGAGAAAACUUUGAUGCCAUUCCACAUCAGCUGCUGAGGAAGUACGUCGGAUAUGCUCGGCAGUACGUUCACCCAAAUUUAUCUCCAGAAGCUGCUCAGGUCCUCCAGGAAUUCUACCUUGAGCUCCGGAAACAGAACCAAGGAGCAGACAGCACACCAAUCACCACGAGGCAGCUAGAGUCACUGAUUCGACUUACAGAGGCACGAUCAAGGCUGGAAUUAAGGGAGAAAGCUACCAAGGAAGAUGCUGAGGAUGUAAUAGAAAUAAUGAAAUAUAGCAUGCUGGGAACCUACUCUGAUGAGUUUGGAAAACUGGACUUUGAACGUUCACAGCAUGGGUCUGGGAUGAGCAAUCGGUCACAAGCAAAAAGAUUUGUUUCUGCCCUUAACAGUAUUGCAGAGAGAACUUACAACAAUCUCUUUGACUUGCAACAGCUUCGACAGAUUGGGAAGGAGCUACAAAUACGAGUGUCUGAUUUUGAAAGCUUUAUUGGAUCCCUAAAUGAUCAGGGUUAUCUUUUGAAAAAAGGUUCAAGAGUUUAUCAGCUUCAGACUAUGUGA